AUCCAGCGUGUAAAAUUAAAUAAAGGUAAAUAAAUCAUGGCCGAGAAGGGGGCUGAACUCCGCGCUCUCGAGCACGAACGCCGAAGGCCAUUCCUGCACGAUCACGCCGAUGUCCCGCCUCCGCAUCCUCCGCCGCCGCUCCUCCUUCUCCUCUGCCUCGCCGAUGUCCGGCCUCCGCAUCCCUCGCCGCCGGUCCUCCUCCUCCUCAACCACGCCUAUGUCCGGCCUCCGCCUACGCCGCUCUUCCUCCUCCACCAGGGCCCUGUCCUCCACCACGCCAAUGCCCCGCCUUCAGCUUCUCCUCCGUCGCUCUUCCUCCUCCACUUCGCCGCCCUCACGCUACUGGGAUCCCCAGGUUGCUUUUGUCGCUGCCAAAGCGCGCGUCCGCGCGGGGACGUUUAGCACGGAGGACGCACACCACCUGUUCGACGAAUUGCUGCGUCAGGACACUCCGGUCCACGGUCGCGCCCUCAACGGCUUCCUCGCCGCCCUUGCCCGUGCGAGGGACUCAGUCGCCUGCAGCGACGCUCCCGCCCUCGCCGUCGCCCUCUUCAACCGUAUAUGCCGAGAAGAAGCCGGCCCACGGGUCGUGCCUCUCACAGUCCACACCUACGGCAUCCUCAUGGACUGCUGCUGCCGCGCGCGUCGCCCGGACCUAGGGCCUGCCUUCUUCGCCCGCCUCCUCAGGGCAGGCCUGAGAACAGACGGGAUAGUGACCAACACCUUCCUCAAGUGCCUCUGCUACGCAAAACGGACAGAUGAGGCUCUCAGCAUGCUGCUUCAUCGGAUGUCCGAGCUCGGCUGUGUGCCUGAUGCAUUCUCGUACAACACAGUAAUUAAGAGCUUAUGUGGUGGUAGCAGGAGCCAGGAGGCGCUCGACAUGCUCCUGAGGAUGACAAAAGGAGAUGGCUGCUCCCCUGACGUGGUGUCAUAUACCAUGGUAAUCCACGGCCUCUUUAUGGAAGGAGAAAUAAGCAAGGCAUGCAAUCUGUUCAAUGAAAUGGUGCAGAAAGGGGUUGUGCCUAAUGUGGUGACAUACAACUCUAUCGUUCAUGCGCUGUGCAAGGCCAGAGCAAUGGACAAGGCAGAGUUGGUCCUCCGGCAAAUGUUUGACAACAGCAUUCAGCCGGAUGAAGUGACAUAUACUGCCAUGAUCCAUGGAUAUUCCUGUUUGGGCCGGUGGAAAGAGGCAGCUAAAAUGUUCAAAGAAAUGACAAGAGAGGGUCUCAUACCAGAUAUUGUAACUUUCAACUCAUUGAUGGACUCCCUUUGCAAGCAUAAAAGAAGCAAAGAAGCGGCAGAAAUUUUUCAUUCCAUUGCCACCAAGGGCCACAAGCCAGAUAUCAUCUCAUACUCUAUUCUGCUUCAUGGGUAUGCCACCGAAGGAAGAUUUGUUGAUAUGAAUAAUCUCUUCCAUUCAAUGACAGACAACGGGAUUGUAGCUGACUCUCAUUGUUUCAACAUAUUAAUUAAUGCACAUGCUAAGCGUGGAAUGAUGGAUGAAGCUCUACUCAUAUUUACUGAAAUGAGGGGACAAGGAGUGAGUCCAAAUGUAGUCACCUAUGCAACUGUAAUAGCUGCACUUUGUAGAAUGGGUAGGCUGGCUGAUGCGAUGGAAAAACUCAGUCAGAUGAUUUCUAUUGGAUUAAAACCGAACACAGUUGUUUAUCACUCCCUAAUUCAGGGUUUUUGUACACAUGGUGAUUUGAUAAAAGCGAAGGAAUUGGUUUCUGAAAUGAUGGACCAAGGUAUUCCUCGUCCUAACAUCACUUUCUUCAGUUCAAUAAUACACAGUCUAUGCAACGAAGGAAGGGUUAUGAAUGCACAGGAUGUCUUCAACUUGGUGAUACACAUAGGUGACAGGCCUGAUAUUUUUACAUUCAAUUCUCUGAUUGACGGAUAUUGCUUAGUGGGCAAGAUGGAUAAAGCAUUCGGAGUACUAGAUGCCAUGGUAUCAGCUGGCACUGAACCUGAUGUUGUUACAUAUAGUACACUCAUUAAUGGCUAUUUUAAAAGUGGAAGGAUCGAUGAUGGGUUGAUUCUAUUCAGAGAAAUGUUGUGUAAGAGAGUGAAACCUACAACUGUGACAUAUAGCCUCGUACUGGAUGGGUUAUUUCGUGCUGGGAGAACUUCUGCUGCGAAGAAAAUGUUCCAUGAGAUGAUCGAAAGUGGAACAGCCAUGAGCAUUUCCACAUACACGAUAAUUCUUCAAGGACUUUGUAGAAAUAAUUGCACUGAUGAAGCAAUCACCCUCUUUCACAAAUUGGGUGCAAUGAAUUUGAAAUUUGAGAUUGCGAUACUCAAUACCAUGAUUCAUGCAUUAUACAAGGUUAAAAGAAGAGAAGAAGCUCAUGAUUUGUUUGCUUCAGUAUCAGCCAGUGGGUUGGUACCAAAUGCUUCUACUUACGGAGUGAUGAUAAUAAAUCUUCUAAAAGAAGGAUCAGUGGAAGAAGCUGACAUUAUGUUUUCAUCAAUGGAAAAGACUGGUUGCGCACCCAGCUCGCGUCUUCUAAAUGAUAUCAUCAGAAUGUUAUUGCAAAAAGGUGAGAUAGUCAAAGCUGGAUAUUACAUGUCUAAAGUCGAUGGCACUAUCAUCUCACUUGAAGCUUCAACCACUUCAUUGUUGAUCUCACUCUUUGCAAGUAAAGGGAGAUAUCGGGAACAAAUAAAAUUUCUACCUGCAAAGUACCAAUUUUUCGAUGGGAUCAGCUGAUACACUAGACUGUUAAGCCUUGGUGCGGUCCGGAGCUCCCUCUCAACGAUAUGGUCAUUUGUCUGUUGCGUGCACUCAAGAAGAUCGAGCUUGCUGAUGGUGCCACCACGGUGUUUUGGUCCAAUGUGUGGCUGCUGGGGGUCCAUCCUAAGGAUAUCGGUCCUAACUAGCAUGUCAUGUAUGUGCACAAGGAAAAUCUGGUGCGCGUAGCGUUUAUUAACGGCGAAUACACCGAAUAGAUUGCAGAUGUUUAGGAGCGUAUCACGGCAGAUAUCAUCCCUGAGUUUAUCGAGCUCUUCCGUCUGGGUGGACAGUCUCGAUAGGCCUUGAUGUGCCGAUGGUAUAGCUUGGAACCUAAGUUUGCAUGGUGGCUCUUCAGCAAAAUUGGCGUACCAUGCGCAGUUCUGCGGUGUUGUGGAGAUACCAUUUGUGUCCAUCAUUUGCAACUGCAGGGUGUCAGAGAAAAAGUCUUUUGGUUGUUUUUUCUCUCAACACAAGGUACUUAACUGGCAACAAUUUGGUUUGUUGGGGGAUGGAAAUAAUUUCUAGUGCCCCCUUUGCAAGAGGCAAGAGGGAAACCGGGUUGUGCUAAGGUUAUUGUAGGGUAAGGUGCCAAAGCCCAAGAGUUCUGCACGAACCCCAGCCACAUGACCUACAUGACGAGUUUCCCCAUGCAUCAAGCUGCUGAUGCUCUCGCUGUCCACAUGAUUGAGCAGCUAUUUCGCUACAAUGCAUCAGCCAGUCUACGCACCUCAGGCAAGGAAAUCAUCAAGGGCCUCCUUCCAGUUCAUGUUGUGAUUGAGCACACUUGCUUGCAUAAGUAUCUGGAGGACAAUCUGUCAACUGGCAAGAAGUUCAAUCAUGAUAAUGUUGGCCUCAUCUACAAGCUCAUCUAUCUUCUUUGCCAUCCUCAGAUGGUUUGUCAAUUCCUCGCAUCUGCAAUUUCCAUUAUGGUUACAUAACAAAGAAUACAAAUAUUAUCUUAUCUCAUAUUAGAUAUCUCAAUCUACUGAUAUAAAAAUUUUGACACCUGCAUUUUGGAACUGUUUCCCUGUGUUAAUUUGUAUUUAUUUAUGUCUAUUUCUCAGGGGACAGGUUUCUAUUUUUAAUUAAGAGGAAACGAGUCAAGUUUCUAUUAGUUACAAUCUUUUGUUUAUUAGUUUGGUAUUUGAUAAUCCUUUGUUGCUUAUUUGAAAUCAACCAGUGCCAUGUUAAAUGUGCUCUAUUUUGGUGGAUUUGGCAGAUAUCAUCUUAGACAUGGUAAUGUAGUUGAUGAGCUUUGGAAUUAUAUCAAGGAUGGGGAGAUUGUCCCAACAGCUAUUUUGCUCCUUGCAGCUCAACAGGAAUUACAAAAGUUUUAAGCUAGUUAUGAUCUUUGACACUGACAUUUGGUUUCUUUGGUCACUAGGGCCACAUGUUGAUAGAUAGGAAACAGAGGGUGUAUUGAGUAAAGAAGAAGUGGUACGCUUUUCUGAACGGUCAAAUGCAGUUGUAGAAAAGACACCAAAGUCUCAAUCUCUACAACCUCUCCGAUCAGAUCAAGCACCUCACCGUCUCUCUCCCUCCCCAGGCCUACUACCACUCAGGUUGUCACUGCAGGCGCGUUUGUGGCUGGGAGCUCGAGCGCACUGGCGAGGCAGCGGCCAGGUCGAGCUUCUGCAGGAGCAACACGGUGGCGCCGCCGCUGCCAUCGACGGAGGAGGAACCCAGGGCGUCCUCAGCGGCCAGCUGCUGCUCAAGAGUGGGAGGGACGAGCUGGCGGAUACCUCGGCGAGGUCAUCUCCUCAACCAACACUCAGUCUUGUUUCAGCAAAGUAGAUCCACCGAUGUUCUUUUUUUUUAUCAUCUUGAUCCUGGAGGUUUCAGCUAACAAUUAGGGGCAGCUAGAUAAUGACUUUCUCAUAUUUGACUCUGGGAAUAUUGCAGCCCUUUUACAAUUAUCAUAGAUAUGGAUUACCAUUUUUAUUUACCUGCCAGAUUAAAAGUACUCACAUGAGACUGUAUUUAUUUCAUCUCUAGCUUGAAAUUAGGAGAAGAAUUGUUGUGAUAUUUCUAUACAUGCUGAGAAUAUAGCUAGAGGUGCUGCUGAGUUUGACAAAUAAAUUUGGGGAUCAUGAUUUGAUUAUACUUAUAUUACACCAAUGUAAGAUCCCACUCUUCUUUCUAGCAAGAAUUUGGAAUUAGACUAUCCUUGAUCGAUUCACAGGUUAAUUCCUAUUCUCCGAGACAGCUAUGAUAUGAUUUUCACUACAAAGCCAAGGUCCUGCUGCUUAUGGUGUACUGAGAAACACAGAAUAUUAAUCCAAGAAAGCUGCAGAAUGGGAAAUCAACAUAUGAAAAGCAUUUCAGCUUGGCAAAGAAUAAUGAGAGUAAAAGAGCUAGAGAUGAAUGUUCCCUCCUACAUCCACCCUUGAGCUGCUCCUAACAAAUCCUGCUUCUUCUAAGUGCCCAGUGGGCACUCAUGUCACUAUAAGAGAACAACAAUGGGAGUGAGAAUGCAAUACAACUCCAUUUGGUAUAUACAGCUCUAGUGGGCCCUAAUGCCAGUACUUGUUGGUUCAACGGCUGCUCAUGUUCUGUUUUGGGAAUGGGAGCACGAUUUGACCACCAACUCGGCAUCAUAGAAAUCAGAAUGAACCACACAAGCAGGAGGCAUCUGUUUCUUCUCUCGUGCUUGGUGAUAAUAAGAAACCCCUCAGAUAUAUGUGAUAUCACCUCCCUACGCGACGAUGAUGCUCUCAGUGGAGGCUCCGCUUGCAGAUGGCAACUAAUGGAGACUUGUCUCAAAUAUAUUCCUGCUUUGGAAGGUUGGUCCAACAUAUGCCUAAAGUAUUUCCUGAUUGUUCCAUUGUUUCACUCUCAGUUCUAAAUGUCUUUGUUCCUCCCUGAAAGUUUGGUGACCAGUUACAGAAUGUUCAGUGUAUUUAUAUGGGGGUUGAGGACUUUCCUAUGGCUUGUGCCAUAGCUAAUCUCUCCCACAGGAUGGCCGCUAAACUUUUAGAGACAAUGAUCCUUGGGAAACAGAAGUACUGCAUCUGCUUAGUUCCAUGUUUGUUCCUCUGCUUUUCUGGUUGACAUGCAUUUCUGCUCACGAAUUUGCUUUGCAUCAUCACUACUUUGAGGCUUACUUAUUAGUUUUGUGGUUUUGGUGAUUUGGCUGCUUAUUUAUUGCCAAUUGAAUAAUUGAUUUCAAACGGUUGGACAUAACCAGGUUUAGCUUAAAUAAUGUUCUUACUGGCUUAUAGCUAUAACUUAUUUUGUGGUCCAAGAUUACAAUCCCACGUUAAUCUAUUUGGAAAAUUUGGACUCUUUAACCUUUUUUCCUUGUGGAUGUGGUGUAUCAAACCUGUCAGCUGAGAGCUGAGGCUGCUCGGUUCAUGAACUUAAGAGGGGUUGUAGGCUUUACUUGAUUGUAAUACAAGCAUACUGAUGGUACCAAGCUUAUAAUAAUUAAUUAUUAAAUGGUACUCGGAGUUUAUCCUUGCCUAUUGGAGUAGAUCAAUAUGUUUAUUUUGGCAUAACUACAUCAAGCUUUCCCAUUUUGCGUCGCAGAUAUUAUUGUAAUGAUGCAAUUUAGCUUCCUCAUUUCAACUCCAAUGGUUCGCUUAUUUUAUACUUUAUACUCCCUCCGUCUCAUAUUAAGUGAUUCAAAUUUGCCCAAAUAUGGACGUAUCUAUAUCUAAAAAGUGUCUAUAUAGUAUAUACACGUAAUAUUUCGGCACUUAAUAUGGGACGGAGGGAAUAUUAAAUAGUAUUCCUUCCUGAUGUGUGUUCAGUUUCAAUUGUAUCUUCUGAAUGGCUAUAUAAUGUGAAGUGGUUCAUAAAUGGAUUUUUUUCUUCAGUUUAUUAAACUCCUUAGGCAAUGUAAGGUGACCUCCAUCUCUAGCUAUGCCUUCUAUUUAUCGCUCAUAUCUCAUUCUGACAAAAAAAAAAUUCAGACGAUUUUAUCCCUAGGUGUUCGAAAUUUUGGAUGGAGCUGCUAUUUAGCUGCCUCAUUUCAAUUCCAUUGGUUCUCUUCUUUCUACUUUAUACUCCCUCCGUCCCAAAAUAACUGACGUAGAUUUGUAUAAGAAUCUAUACAAAUUCACGUCAGUUAUUUUGGGACGGAGGGAGUAUUAAAUAGUAUUUCUGCCUGAUGAGUGUUCAAUUGAGUUCUGUCUUUCCAAUGGCUAUAUAAUGUGAAAUAGUUCAUAAAUAGAAUAUUUUUAGUUUAUUAGAUUCUUUAGGCAAGUAAUCACAUGUUCUUUCAGUUAAGGUCCCUGCCUAGAGUUCCCGAGUGUAAACUAAAAUGUAUCAGAUAUGAUAUAUAUAUAUAUACAUAUAUAUAUAUAAAUCCCUAUAUAAUAUAUAUAUACACACACACACACACAAUAUGCUACUGAUAUCAUAUACGAUUUAGCAUUAGGUGACGAAGACUGCAUUCUUGGCAAAAUCGUUUCGGUCAACCAAUUUAUGCUAUUGCUUCAGGAAAAUUUUCACUUAUGUAGGAGAAGAUUUGGGCUUAUUAUGGCAAGAUGUGAGCUUAUGAUGGCUAUUAGGAUAAAACUAGUUUGUUUUAGGUUCUAUAUUCAUUUUUUUUUAAAUAUAGUGGUUUGGGUAUACCAUCUUUUGUUUCUUUCUCUGGAAACUAAGAUAUUUGCCGGCACAAGCAACUGAAUUGAAACAUGCAACGAACUACCUUACUAUGUGUGCUAAGAAAGUGUUGUAUUUUAUUUUUUGUCUGACCACAAAGAUAACAAUGUAGAAAUUGCAUGCUUAGCCAUUGCAUGUCCUCUUUUAUGUGAAAAUUAACGAACUUGAGUUGUAACGAAAAAUAGCAAUCCAUCCGAUAAGUAUAUUUCAGAAACAUAUACUCCCUCCGUCCCAUAUUAAGUGUCGAAAUAUUACAUGUAUCUAGACGCUUUUUAGGUAUAGAUACAUCCAUAUUUGGACAAAUUUGAGACACUUAAUAUGGGACGGAGGGAGUACAUCAGAACAGAGACAUGUCACCGAUAACAAUACAUAGUAGUUGUAUUGCACUGCAUUCUGCACUCUACAAGUAUUUUUUUUCUUGGGAGCAGCAGUCCCAACUCUUAACUGCUUCUGCUUGGUCACUAUCCUCGACACGGCACAUAAGGUUAGUCUAGACAUGCAAAAUGAAAACUCUCACUUCAUAUAAUGUUCUGUGUUAUUUGUGAUUUGCAAAAAAAAGGGGUCAACUUUGGGCGCAGAUUUGAGGAAAGAAAAGUUUUGGCUUAUAAGCUAAUCUUCUCCUCUGUUCCAUUGACUCUGUAGCUCUUCUUGUGUAGCAGUGGCACCAAAAUACCACACCAGUCGCCAAGCCAAGCAUUUAUCUUCAUCUAUGCUCUACCAAGUUUGCGGCUUACAUUGUGUAAUAAACUGAUACACAGUGGGUUCGGUUUAAUGUCCCAAUUGACCCCACUUGCGGUAAACUGUAGUUGUGCUUGAUGGCAUUAUGAUUUGGAUGUCUGUGUAAUUGGUCUCAAUUUUGCAUUUUACCUCAUACAGAAAUAUUAUUCCCUCCAGCCGCAAUUACUUGUUGCUGAUUUAGUACAGUUACCUGUCACUGAUUUAGUACAAAGUUGUACUAAAUCAGCGACAAGUAAUUCCGGCCAGAGGGAGUAGAUAAGAUAUACAUUGUGUGUCUAGCUGUGCUGUAGACAAGCUAGCAUCCAGUAUAUGUACCUUGUGAUGAGACAUUUGAGGAGCUGAUGCAGGGGGCUAAAUCCCAUUGCCUUUAUUCUUUUAACAAAACAGCUGCGGCGUGCUAUUUGUUGCCAAAGAGGGGUGGAGAGAAUCAACAGAGGAGUACAGAGUAAAACACACAAAAAAAAUGAGAUGCAAUGUUGGUAAUUUUGUAGUUUUGAGACUCUGGUUGUAAGGAUGAACUAGUUUUCAAGGUUGGGUAAAGUAUAAAAUUUGGGGUUUAUGGUUCGUUCGGGCUAUGGGGUUUCAUGAGCUUCAUCUGUUGCUACAUCUGAUACAAGUAUUUUUGGGUAUCUCUUUUCGUAGGUUUGAAGAUGAGAAUCGGGUGGUUAAUUUGUAUUGCGAAGAUGUUGAUGAACAAUAGCAAGGUCUGAUAUGUGUUAUCUCAGAUUUGUGUAAUUGAUUGUCAAUGCUGGGUUCUCACAUUCAGACUACAUAUACUAUGUGAAAGAAGAAGGAAUAGGUUUAGCUGGAGUGGAACUAUUGGAUAGUGACAAGAAUGCAGCUGUAAUGUUGAUAAAGUAUGACAAUGCUAAAAUUGUGAACCUGACCAUAAUAAAGAGACUCGCCGAGUACUUGUUCAAUGUCCCCUCGAGUUAUCCUAAUACAAGAGAUUGAGAAAACAAAGAAGCAACCAAUUUUUUUCAGAUUUGCUAACUCAACAGAGUGUACAUGUUGACAACAUUGUUCAUAAUGUUAAAUGAGUCCUGGUGAUGUGUCUUGCAAGUGAAACAGAAUAUGAGGGAAGCAUUGAAGAAAUUGUAGACGUUGAUGAUUUUCAGGGAGAUGUCCCAAUUGGGCUUUAUGAGGGUGGCAUGGAGGUUUCUGACAUCUUUGAACUUGUAGAAGAGCCCGUUCAAGCUGUUAGUUCACUUGUUGCACCUUCCAAAAAAGCCAUGGCAGCUAGGGAGAUUAAAGCCAGAAAAGCAGCUAGUUCAAGGGCUGAGACUGAAAGUGAUGCCAUACAGAUUUCUAAUGCUAAAAGUGGAGGUGCAUUAUGUCCAGUGAUGAUGAUGGUGCUGAAGCUCCCAUUUGUGUAGGCCCUAAAGGUAGGAAGAGUAGAGCAAAGAAUCCUGAGCCUAGAGUGUGGUACGAAUACGAUGACACAAGGGAGAAAGCUCAUGAACAACUUUGUGUGAAGAUGUGCUUCAAAGAUGCACCAAUUUAGAACAGCGCUUCAAAGAUGUGGUAAUUAGUGAUGGUUUGUCAAUGGCUGGAAAGAUAUCCUUUUGUGGUCGAAGUUAGUACUAUGUUGAACAACAAGAUAAUGAUGUCAAAUUUAAAUUUGUGUCAUCUUAGUUUGAACCUAUGUCAAAUAUGUGAUGUAAUCUAUUUGAAACCUUCUAUUUACUCUUUUUACUGCA